AACUAUUUUGACAAUUGGAGUCUUUUGUUGGUGGGGAUCGUUUGUUUAUGUUGGAAGCGGCUUGCGACAUUUAUAUAAUAAAAACAUAAAAAAGGAUUUUAUUUGCCAAGAUGCCACGCAAUCCGGACGCCGAAAAGGAUAAUCCCUGCCUAAAGGAACAAGAGCUCUCCUACAAAUGCCUGAACAAGAACAAUUUCAAUCGUGAAGCCUGUGAGGUUUAUUUUGCAAAUUACAAAAAUUGCAAGGAUUUUUGGCACAAAAUACGUUCCGAUCGUCGUUCCAAAGGCAUCGCCCCAUAUUUACCGCCCGUCGAAGAAAGAGAAGCCAUAAAGGCUGAAUAUAUGAAGUCUAAACCAAAACAAUAACGGCGACACAAUUUUUCUUCGAUUUCUAUAAAUUUUGUUAAAUAAUUUAUUGUAAAUAAUAUAUCUUUUUUUUUGUAAUAUUACUGUAAAUUAUGUACAGAA